AUGGGUGAUUGCCUAAAAGCCGACCUCGAGACUCAUCCUUUGCUCGACUGUCCCUGCUGUUGUCGACGAUUCGGUAGGUUUUGAAUGAAUGAUAAGUUUCAAUUCGAUUGUUUUGCUCUGUAAACUUUUUUUGCAAUCACUAAUACUUGCUGUCCUGGCUCAAUACUUCAUUAAGAAUUUUUAGAGAAUUAUUUUACUUAGUGAAUUUCAAUAAGUUUUUUUUUCGAAUCUACGUUCAAAGAGAAAAAUCAGAAACAACUGGACAGCUUUUCUUUUUUUUUACAAUUUUAAAGGCUCAAGAAGUGGUGGAAAAGGGAGAGGCAGCAAAAAAAGGAAUAUUUUUUUAUGGAGCCUUUUUUUCCACAACUUCAUCCGAAUUCGCCUAUGAAAUUAUUAGUUUUCUAAUCUAAAUUAGUUGUGGUAUUUUAUCGAUUACCAUAUUUUCAGAGCUCGAAGGAAAGCAACCGUGUCUCUUUGUACAGUGCGGACAUUCUGUCUGCCUCAAAUGUUUCAACGCAAGGUACGGUUUAAAUACAGUGAGUUCAAUUUACAAUAUUAAAAUACAAAAUUGAGAUGAAAAAAAUGGAAUCAGAACCCAUUUUAUAUUUAUCAUUUUACUUAACUGUUUAUUUAUAUUUGAUAAUUACUUAAUUAUGAUCACGUUUAUCACAGUCUUUAUGUAGUUUUUUUUUCUAUAACUCGGACCUUGGUAACGGAAACCGGACGCGCCCGGAAGUUUCUGGGCAAUUCUAGGGAUCACUUAAGAGUGCUGACGCCGCUUAAGUGAUCGCUAGAACUUCUCAGAAGAAUUUUUCUUUUUUCAAGACCAGUGGAUUUUUGUCUGGCCUAAAAUACUGUAUAAAACUUCAUCUGUUUUACAAAAUAAAAAUAAUGAGUAAAAAAAAUUUGUUUUUUUAGUUUUAUCAAUACAAUUUUAUAAGUCUUCUUCGGCAAGUUAUUUUGAAAAAAAAAUUUGAGAAAAUGUCAUUUUUUGCUCUUUGGUAGUGUCUCUGUUGUAUCUAUUUUAAAUAUUUGAAACUUUCUGAAAUUCCUGCCCCUUUUUUCUGAGCGGGAAACUCAGAAGAGUCCGAAAAAAGUUUGUGAAAAAGAGAGAGUCGCCCCUAUGAUUUGAUUUGCAGUGCACAAUGCAUACAAUGUAAAAACGGAGUGCUUCAAGACAUAAUCCGAAACCAGCAACUUCUCGGUAAGAAAAAUAUGAAACUCUCUGUAAAAAAAAUUGAAUAAUUACUGUUCAGAGUUUCUGAAGAACUCGCGGAAGCAAAAAACGGGGAAAUUCGAUUUCCGAAGUCUCCGAGACCGUUUCCUCGGUUUUGGCAGGGAACUGGCCCAACUUGGUGGAGAGUUCCAGGACAAGAAUAAUGAUCCCUGGAAACUGUUUCUUCUCAGUCUCUAUGAGGCAUUCCGGCUCGUUCCGGCUUUCACUUUCAGUAAGUUUUCCAUUUUUCGUCUUUUUUUCUGAAUCUCUACACUUUGUAUAGCAUUAGGAAAGGACCCGAAUAACCAUAUUUAAUUAGAAAAUAAAAGAAAACUCGUCGGCAGUUUUAAAAGUUUAAUCGGAACGGCACACUCAAACUACAGGCGCUUAAAAUUAGACGAAAAAUAAAUGAUUUUCCCACUUUUUUCUGUGAUAACUUCCGUUUCGAUCGUUUGGAGGCCAUGAAAGUUCAAUCAUUAAAUAAAAAAAUUUAAAGAUCGAAAUUUCAAAAAAAGAAAAAAAUGUUUCCAAAGCGAUCCAAAAAUUCGUUCAGACAAAAAAAUUCCGUUGUUAAAAUCUUGUUUUUUUGUUCAUUUCUCCGUUCGAAUAGUUUUUAAAAAGACUGCAAAGAAGUUUGCGAGAAAAAAACUUCCCAAAAAGGCCAGUAGUAGGAAUUUUCAACUCAGAUUUUCAAUUAAUAUUUUUUUAUAAACUACACCUACACGAAUUUUUUUUUGAAAAGAUCCCUAUUAAGAAGAACUUUCGCGCUGUCGCAAAAAAAAAUGUGUUCCGGCAAACUAAGUACCAAGUCGAAUUUUAAACUUCUUUUCAACCGCAAAGCUUCGAGCCAUUCCUUUUGCAAUCACUGUCUUCUUUUCCCGCAUGUCAAUUGAGUGUUCAAAGUUUUCGUUUUUGCAAAGUAUUGCUCAAGUUUUUUUCAAAUGUUCAACCAAUAGUGUGUAGCAUAAACUACAGUGACGAAUUCCAUAAUAUUUGAUAUUUCCCGGUUGCGAAACAGCGAAGCCGUGUUAUCUUAAAUCGGAAACGGCGCUCUUAAACUUCAGGCGCCUAAGAUUAGACGAAAAUUACAUGAUUUUCCCGCAUCUUCCUGUGAUAACUUCAGUUUUGAUUUUUUGGAGGCCAUAAAAAAUCAAUCAUCGGCGAAAUAUGUCAGAUUAUUCGAAAGAAAGGAUUGAGCUUUCUCUUUAUAAGCUUCGAAAUCAGCUCUAGGUUUACAUCAUUAUUAUUUGAUGAAGGGGACCGGAAUACACGCAAACACGCACACAUGCACUACUAACACCUUAUUUAUGACAAAAAAAAAACAAACCUAAAAAUCUGCUAAUUCUGAAGUUCAUCCCGAAAGAUUGAACUCUCAUUAUUUUCAUUCGUGUCUAGACUUUUUGUUAAUCUUUUAUAUCAUAUCGAACCACAAACUUAUCGAAAUUCAACCUAUCGAUGAGCAAUAGGCCAAGAAAUUGUUUGACUCAUCCUUCGCUUGAGUCUAGUCUUAUCGAGUUCGUCAUGAACUUUCGAAAGUGAAAACGCCCGAAUUCAUUGGAUGAGCAAAACGAAACUGGCUCCUGCUGUGAAAAAAAGUGAAAAAAAAAAUUAAAUUUUUUUGAAAAGAGAGAAAGCUUUUUGAAAAGAAGCCCUUGAAACUUCAUUUCUCAACUUCUUCCCCGUGGAACUUAUCGCUUUAAUAGCGGCCUUUCUUGCGAUUGAAUAGGUCGAUUUUUCCUGUGUUUUCUAUGGUCUUUCUGAUUUUUCAGUAUGUAAAUCAAACUAGAAACAAGCCGAAGACCAUCGAAAAGACCGUGAUAUUUAAUCGCAACGAAGUAAGGCGCUUUUAUGGACCUAUGAUACAUGUAUGGAUUUUUUUCUCUGACAAGGGAAGUUUCUGAGGUCAACAUUGAAGAUUUGAUUCAUACUUAUGUGAUAGGUAGUUCUAGGCAUGAGUACUUGAAACUAAAAGGAAUUAUCUGCUAAGCGUCAGAGGGUACUGAAAAAAAGCUCUUCGAAAAGGAAGGGAAAAAGUUCAAAAACCAAUUUUCUUCGGUUUUUUUCAGUUUCUAAAACGAUUACUAGAAUUUAAGAUAGGAACACAAGAAAUAAAAUGUUUCUUCAAAAACCCAAAGAAAAUCAAUUUUCCAGUCUUUACUGUACAUUUUCGGUGGCUACCCUGUGACGAAGUGCAGAUAGUUCUUCUUGUUUUCGAGAAAUCUUACCUACCUACCAAAAAAAUUUGGAUCAGAUCUGCAAUUUUGACCAAACAAUUCCCUUGUAAAAGAGGUUUACGUUCAAAGCCGACACAAAUUUUCGUUUACGACAAGAAAAAAAAAAUCGAAUUUUGAAGGCUGGCAACGCUACGAGUUUGAGGACAAUCAAAUGCACUGCUCCAUCGCCGGACAUUCCGAUGUAAAGUAUUUUCAGUUUUUGAAAAAAAUCUUUGAAAAAAUAAUAUAUAAUUUUGAAAUUCUUUGAAAUACUGCAUACAUCAUUAUUGGCUCGAAAUGCAGGCGGAACGGCCCGAAGCGUCGCGGACGAAACAAAAAAAGCUCUCGAUGGCCUCAACGCGCAAGUAGUUUUAGGUCGGUCGUGUCCGCUAGGCGUCCAGCCAUUCUAUAUGCGAUCAAAGACUUGCUAGGCGUAGGCUGCGACUCGACAGUCUUUUAUUGUCUGUUUUUCUUUUUCCCUCACCGGCGAAGGCAGAGAAACAAGAGAAAAGCUCGUCAACAUAAGAGCGUUGCCGAGAGAUGAGGAGGGCGCAGAGAAGAACAGCAGUUUCAACAGACUAUAGAACGUUUUAAGACUUUCCUUCUACGGUAGAUUUUUUUCACACCUGUUUUUUUUUCCCGAGAAAAAGAACGACUUUUCAGGCAAUGACGACAGACCGCAUAAUGAUUUUGGUCGUCUGGCUUCUCUCGAUCGCUUUCUCGCCGGCGUACCUCAUUCGUCGGAUAAUCGAAAUGUUCCUUCCUCAAAGGUGAGCACAUUUUGAAAAUUCUCUUUUCAAAAAAGAGAGAAAUUUCACGAAAGCAGCAUGAUAAGUCGAAAUUCGUGUAUAUGACUCUUAAGAAGAUGAGGGUGUAACCGCAGUGAACUUGGACUUUUGGUUGAUGUUUUCGGUGCAGCUUGCGUCGGACAUGAAUCACCCCGAUCAAAAAAAAAAAUCUUAUUUGACCUCCCAUAACAACCUAGGACAAAACCAUAGAAAAUUUUACGUUUGAGAAAUUAAUUUUUUUCAAAUAGUCUACGAAAUGAGGACCUUGAUAGAAAUUUAAAGCAAAACGGGGUACACCCCUGGUUAGACUUCGAGGUGUACCGAGAAAUCAAAAUAGGUUGCACCGAGACUUUCGUUAGAGAACAUAUCUAGGCAAAAUGCACCGUUCGAAGGCGAUAUGGUGUGAAGUUUAGGAGCCUAGAAAGAAUCUUUAAAGGAAUCUAGAACUCCGAAAAAAGCUUCAUGGGUUCUGAGAAGGUUUUCUUAUCACAAACUUCCUUUUUUAUUGCCCAUUGGCGACAAAAAUGGCUUCGAAAUAACUUUAUUUGCUGAAGUAUUUUUUAUAGAAGAAAUUGGCUGAAAGUGGCAUGCUUGAUAGUAGAGAUUUUCUCCACCGUUCUUCUGUUGGCGACGAUUGUCUCGUUCGGCAUCAACAGCCAGUACGACUGCUGCGCCUUGCCUCGAGAAACUUCUCCAGUCUGUGAAGUACUUCUUUUCUUCUCUAAUAAGAAUUUCAUUAGGCUGGUUGAAAAGCAAUCAGCUUCGUUGGUUGAAAAAGCUUUUUCACUAAGUUUGUUUUUCCUUUUCAUAGCGGAGAAAUGUUUUUAUUGAGCACUGUUUCAGUGGUUUUUCGGUCUUCUAACGAUUAAGGUCACUUUUUUUGCGCUUGUAAUUUCCUGAUAAAUGGCUUUAUUAAUCCUUGAUGUACCAAAGAUGCUGAAAGUUUUAACCGGCACAAGUUUCCUCGUUUUAAGAAAUGAACCUAGAAAUAAAAGAAGUACAUCAAAUUCCGUUGAAAUGAGCUAUUUAGUGGCUUUUUGGCCCUUUUUCUCAAAAACUAGCAAUUUCCACAGAUUGAGAAUUUCAGUAAAGUCUCAAUGAUAAUAAAAAAUUUCAAUCGUUUUUUACCGAUUCAAUAUAAUCAAUUUUUCAGCUCGGCGUCUCGUAUUGGCUGGCCGUUCUAUCCGCGGUCGGACCCCUUCUCCUCCUGAUUCACCGGCUCAAGGCUCUCAAAACCUUGGCGAGUAGCUAUACACUUUCCAAGGAAAACGAGAAAUCGGAAAUGAUCAGCCUGAAAUCUUCCGUCAGCUUCAGCAAUGUCGCGACGAUCGAAGUUGUUGGAAGAAGCAAAAGCCCCAACGGAGCCAGCUUUUUCGUCGAGCUCUCCCCAGAAGAACGCGAGGAUUUCAACCCUGCCUUGGAUGAGCCUGGUUCAUUCAGAAGCCCUCAAGAUGAACCUUCCUUUUUGAUCAGCAAAAGAAUUUUUAAAGCAAGGAAACGCCCUAGCGGAGAUGACACUUCCAAGGUAUCCUCUUCGGAAGGGGUUCAAGAGGAACCAACAUCGAGAAAAAGCUCCAGGAUAGACUUUAUUGACGAACGAUCCCAAGGAGAAUCCUCCCGAAGCCCUGAAGAUGAAGCUCAUUCGUCAACUAAAGAAAGAAAAGGAUCGAAAUUGGCACACAGCAAGGAAGAAGGACCAUCAGGUCUUAAAACUCAGUCUUCCGAGUCGAAAAACCCUUCAGCUAUUGAAAAGGAACCUGAAAACGAUGUUGAUUCUGUCAACCGAAUGCCAAGUGGCACCUUGAGUAGCGAAAAUCAUUCUGAUUCUGGAUCUAUUGAAUACUUCGGAGGCUACACUAGUUCAUCUUCAACGACUUCACAAGAUGCCCAGAAUCUGGGGACCAUCGCCACGAUAACGCCGCCCGAAUCAAGGAGAGCCUCACAAGACAAUCUGUUGCCAAGACCUCCGCCCGAGAAUUCCAUCGAAACCACACGGUUUUUCGAAGCGUUUGAGAAUUUAUUAAUGAACUCUGAACCAUCUACAUUAUCCAGCACAACAUUGUCGGAACUUCUACAAAGACAUUCAACGGUUUCGAGUCUCCUGUCAAAUAUCAGCACCUCCGCUUCGAUUGAGAGGAGUCAUUCAGAAUCCAGAAGAACGUCUCGCAGUGGCAGCAGUAUUCCGCCAACGUUCCUGCAUGAUGUCAACUCAAACAUGGGUCGAAUCGGCAAUCGACGCUAUGAGAAACGGCCUUCGUUUGAAAUGAACCGUCGGACGAGAUACCAAAGACCAAGCUCCCAGUUGAGCUCGAGCAGUCCAAAUUACUUCGAAACAGACUCUCCCAGCUCAACUCUGUCUUCGACAAGACUUGAAGAACUUCUUCAGCUGGGCAGGUCCAGUACGAUUCGUACGGACAACUCUUUCGAGUUGAGAUCACAGCGAAGUGAGAUUACUUUUGAAAUGGAGCCUACAGUCUCAGGAACAAAUGUCAUGGAGCUUCUUCAGCCGUGCGCUCCGACAAUCGCUAGCGGUUCCUUCGGAGAGACACAAACAAACGUCUCCGAUUCAAAUCGAAGGCGGCCUUUAAGUUUUUUCACAAACGAAGCAGACACCGAGCGACGAGAGGAUACCAAUUCGAGCAAUCGAGAUGUGAAUUCCGUGAGAAGACCUGAAAUUUACAGUUGGGUUUUGAGAUCACAACCGAACUCAAGGCUUGCAUCCACCAGUUCGACGCCGUCAUCAACGAGAAACUUUUUCGGGUCUAACAAUUCAUCAUCGACGAUGUCGGAAGAAAUCCUGAAUCACGAAAGGAACAAUUCAGUUCGGAUAGACACGACACAGGAGGUUCGCAUCGAAAUGGAGCCUCCAGUAAUGGAAAUCCGCUCUGAGCAAUCGAUCUCUUCUACCACGCGCUUAUCCGAACUUGUCCAAGAAAAGGCAAGAACCAUCUCAGAAUCAAUUUCUGAUAUUUCUGAUGGGAACCGAUCAAAUGACGGGGAAGUUUCCUCAGUCGACCUCGACGAGCUCAUACCAGGACCCUCUAAAGAAUCUCGUAAUUCUUCCCCGCUAAUAUCUACCGAAACAGAAGAGCAGGGCGACAGUGUAGACGAAGAACUAGAUUUCUUUGGAGAAACAGAAACUCUAUGUCAAAGUCCGCCGGAUUCGCUUCAUGGAAACGAGAGCGACGAUACAAUUGAAGACGAACCUGGUCCCGCUUCUGAACAUCUUCGAAAUGAAAACAGUUAUUGGGAAAUCGAGAAUGAGUGCAUAGACAAAAGCCGGUUUACGACAGAAGGCUGGGUAUUGGAAUCAGCUUCUUCCUAUGAACCACACCGUGUUCCAGUCCUUCCUUAUCGGCCAGGAAGACGUGAACAAAGACUGGCUUUGUCGGUUGUGAACGAAGAAGACGAAGGAGCUUCAAGUUCAGUCAGCGCUGGAAAGGAGAAUGAGUCUCAUAACGAAGAGAAAGUCAGCGAUUGGCAAGCUGGAAAGUUUCUGACGGUUGAUCUUGGAGUCGAAGCUUCAGAAUCGACGACUGGAACUGGUUCAGAACCGCCAGAAGGCUCGAAAAAUUUGUCCUACAAAGUUACACGCUCUUCGGAUUCGAGUGAAACAUCGGUGGAGGAAAGCGAAGAAGAGAACGCCGUGCAAUGUGAUGAAGAACAAAGGUAUUUUUCUGAAGAUGCUUCGGAAAGCGAAUUCGGGUCCGAAGGUGCUUCAGAAAGCGAUGUAGAAUCCGAAGGAACAAUAAUUCCAGAAGAUUUUGAAAAUCUAUAGUAUAAAAAAAAAGGAUUGAGUAUACUCUGUUGAGAUUUAACUGUUUCACUGUUUAUUGCAUCUUCAAUGUAAGAAUACAUGUGCAAUCGACUUUCAUUGGUUUAACUGUGUUUAAACGGCGGCAAAAGCUGUGGCUUAGGCAGAGAAGUUGUGAAUUUCGCUCGUAGAACAUCAGGUACAAGAGCGGUCGUAGGAAGAAGUACGGUGCCGUCUUUCCAAAGGCCGAUGCCAGAGAUUGAGCCUUUUCUCUGCAUGCAGCUUCCAAUAUUAUCUACCCCGGAGGGAAGAAAGGCUUGGUCGACCUCGGGGGGACUCGAACCUACGACCUCGCGGACGUUAGAAAUGAGUCUUACCAGCUGAGCUAUGCCGCCCCUGAGAUUAAGUUGUGGAUAAUCUUGCUCAUGGAUUAUAUCAACAUCCAAAAAACAAAAUUUCAAAAUAGAAUUGGAGGUUAAUUGGAAAAUAUCCAACAGAGUAUGCUUCAAUUUUUCCAUGUCAUUUAUUAUUCAAUUCAUAAUAAUAUCGAUCCAUCUUUUUUUACUUGCUUUAAAAAAGAUUGUUAAAAAAAUUAUUUUUUUCUUUUUUUAAUUUUUGGUGAAUAUUAUCAUUUUUUUAAAUAUAAUUCUAUAAAUGUACUUGCCAAUACAAAUGUGUGCUUAUAUUGGUUUUUUUGAUUCUUUGUUCAAAACAAAUCCCGUCACUUAUAAUGUACCUCGCUGAAUAGCUUCCCAUUGAUCUUCAAAUGUAAAUUUUUAAUAAUUUUCUCUCUUGUGUGCUUAAUUGAAACAAACUUGCUUGGAAGUAAAUAUUUCAAAGAAGUUGCCAUUUUUCGAAGAAAAAGCUUUGAAGACAGCUGUCAGCUGAUGAAAUCAAUGUAAGUCAGUCAAUUUUCAAAUCACGAGAGAAAGAAGCGUUGCAAUAUCUUAAAAUAAGUCAAAAAAUCAGAAAGAAAAACUCUACGGAACUUUCAACGAAGCUCCAUUUGACGACUGUGCGAUGGAGCGAUCUAUCUUCGCUAUUUGGUAACCAAGGAUUUUUCAUGUUCUUUUUGAAUUGAAACAAUUUUCCCCUCCAUAAUCGAGAAAGUUUUCUUCAAAUUAAUCACGAGUCGAUCUCUCAUUAUGCUCUAAACCUGUUGACUGAUCUCUAAUACAAAUAUUGUUGCUUAGCAAACCUUUGUUGAGACAUUUUUCAUGGAAGCUUCUAUAAAAUGUCUCUAAUUCUGAGAAUGAGAAAUGAAAAUGAGAUGGCGAUCUUCUUGAAGGAAAUAAAGUUUUUUCGCCGGAAAUUCAAUUCUAAAGCUUUCAAAAGUGGCCCCUAUAGGGGAUAUGAAUUCUAUGAAGGGAUCAAAUUCGUCUAUUUCCAUUUUAAUUAUGGAAAAAUAUCAAAAGACCUCAUCCUAUUAGAACCGCUUGAACAUUAGGGGCUCAGGGGUCAGACCCUAAACCCCUAUAGGGACCACCUUAAUUCCACCCAUAUAUUGGGCACUUUUAAUCUUUUGUGGAGGCUGUUUUUUCCAGUAACCCUAUAGAAACCACUCUGGCGUCCACAAAAAUUCCGGAUGGUACGACAAAAUCUCAAGUCCGCAAAUCUCGAUGACCGUAAUCUUGUGUACGCAGAUCUAAAGUCCCAUAAUCUUGGAAACCAAAAUCUUGGAAACCACAACCUUGGAAAGCAAAAAUCAACGCUUUUGCGAACAGAUUUUUUCAGAAAUUGUAUUCGGUGAUCCAAACAAGAGAAUAUAAGUAGAUAAAGUGCAAUAAAGAAGACUAAAAGGGAAGAUUUUUGCUUUCCAAGAUUGUGGUUUCCAAGAUUAUGGGACUUUAGAUCUGCGUACACAAGAUUACGGUCCUCGAGAUUUGCGGACUUGAGAUUUUGUCGUACCAUCAAAUUCCGUGCUAUUAGGAUAAAUAUUCAGAGUUUACUCUAGCGUAAAAAAAGAGUUGAAAGGAGAUUUCAACCGAGACGGAGAAGGUGUUGUGUUACCUGUUCACCUACAGGCUUCAGUUUCCGAGAGAAACUCUCUCUCUCUCGAUGAGAGACGCAGAGAAACGCCUCUGGCCGUGCCCGUGGAGCACAUUUCCAGCCGUCUCCCCUCUCUCACUCUCUCUUCUCCACCUUUCACUCUCGGUUUUGCCCUCUUGCUUCGGGAGCUUUUUUCUCCGUUUUGGCCUGGCCUCAACCUGACUCAUUCCGUUUCUUUUCUAUCUUUUUUUCUCUCUGAAGAUAAAUUGCAAGUUUUAUAACAUUUUUCACUCGAUUCGAUUCAGUUCAAUUCAACUAUCAGUAAAAAAAGUCAAAUUUUGCACAAAAAAAAAAUUGCACAAUUCUUCUGUUGUCAGUUUCGUGGUUUUCCUUGAUUCCUUUCAAGCUAUUUUUUAAAGUGAAUCAAUUAAUUCUAAGAGAUUUUUAUGCCGUGUUCAAAGUAAUUUCCGCGAAAUGCAAAAUGAUCUCUGACUCUCCAAAAUUUAGUGAUCUUUUCCUUUCUCUGACAGCUAUUUUGAAUUUCGCGGAAAUUACUUUGAACACGGCAUUAGAGAAUAGCAAAACCAAAAAUUCUUCAAUUUCGCUUCAAAAAAAUAGAAAUAAUUUUUGAAAAAAACUUAUUUUUUUUAUAAAAAAAGCUUCAAAAGAGGCACAUUCGUGUAAUUUCAAGUAAUUCGAUGAGCCGAGGUUGUUUUUAAAUUUCCAAAAGCUUCAAAAAUCUACAAAAACUCGGCAAUUUUUUGUAGCAGAAACUUUUACAAUAAAAAAUAUAUCGAAAGGUUUUUUUUUUAAUUUUCUCUCUCUUCUUGUUUGAUGGCUCUGCGAUGGCGCGCAGUUUUUUGUUUUUUUUUUCUCUGAAAAAAUGAAGAUUUUUCAAAUUUUUCGCGCUUAUUCUACUCAUAGUUUUAAUAUUGUACUAGCUUUUCAUAAUUUUAAUCCUACCCAGUUGAGGAAUAAUAGCGAAAAACUUCAACUCAAAAAAAAACUUUUUUUUUCAAUCUUGAUCUGAGUUUGAAUAUUAGGACAAUCUUGAUCUCGAUUUUUUCAACCUGAACUCUCGAACAAAUGACGUCAUCCACAUUGGCACUGCGCCGAAAAUGAGAACCAGAAGGUCACGUGUUCGGUCUAUUUCCGACCCGAAUUUUUCCACUCUUUACUAUUUCCCCUUGACUCUCGUUUCCGCCUCUCCUUUCUCACGUCCCUCUCAGCACCUGUUUAUUUUCCCAUUCGAUGUUUUUUUCCUUGAAAGCUUAUCUCUUUCCUGAGAAAACCCGCUAAUCCGAAUUAUUUAUAACGCAUUUGGUUCUUGGGACUUGAGACCUUAGAGAGGCUGGAAUUUGUAGGAAAACUCUAGAGUUUGAAGCUAAACGGAACAUUUUCCCAUAUUCUAGACAAUUUCUUUUUAAAAAUUGCUUCAAAUUAAAAAUAUGUUUCAUUGGGUUGAUUCUCAAAAUGAGAUUGAUAGGAUAUUGGAAAAAUUAAAAAAGUUUCUUUUGUAGGGCUUUGAAUGUAUGAAAAAGAAGAAUUUUUGACCAAUUUUCUCGCUGAAACUUGCAGAUUCACUUUUUUUCUUUCCUUCUCUGCGUCUUUCCGUUAGCCAUAAUCUUUCACUUGAGCUCAUUUGAUUGGAAAUCUUUUUUUAUAGCUGAUUUCUCAAUUAUCACGCCAUUUUAAGUAGAUUAUCGGAAUAAACGUGGAAAUCUGUAUAAGCUAAUACCCUUAUCUCAAGUUGACGCCUUCAGAUUUAUUUUAGUACGCUUUCUAAAGUAGUGUUUCUCCAUCGAGCGCUUUUUCAUACUUCAAGACCAUAUUUUUUUUCGAUAUUGGAAAUUAAAAAUUUUUUUCGAAUUUAUAGAAAACAAGGACAAUCCUGAUUACUAUCCGUCUUGGGUGAAAGCAGGCUUGUGCGAGGGCCGGCCCGUCACCCUCCCGGCCCCCCGACCAAUUCGUAAGCCCGGCCCGCCCGGCCCAAAAACGCGCAAUUUUUUUCCGACAAAAAUUACGUUUUUUUGCUCAAUUUUUUUCACUUAAAGUUUAACAAAAAAACUAUGAUUUCAAAAGUAAAAGUAACAUUUCGGUGAAAAUUUUUUGAAUGAAAUUUUAAUUUUUUUUUUUUUUGAAGCCCGGCCUGACGCACAAGCCUGGGUCAAAGUAUCAGAACAGAAAAAAAAAAUUUCAACAAGACUCCACUGUACAAUUGUGCGAUGGCGCGCACUAUCUCGACUUGAAGGUUUUCUCGGAAAUUUCGAAAUAAAAAUUCAGGUCGUGGCUUUUUGUUUAAAAAUAGAAUUCGAAAUAAAACAUUUUCCAGCUCUAUUGCCUGUCUGAAGCGCAUUUUUCCAUCUUUAAAAACAAAUUUUUUUUUUCAAAGAGCUCAAUCGAUCUCUUUUUUGAGCUCUCGCGCUCUCUAACCGGAUUUCGUGACCUUAUCGUUGCAAAAUUAUGAAAUACCGAUCGAAUUUUUCCCUUGCCCGCUCUUAAAUAGCCUGUUUGGAAUGAAACCGAGCCAAAUUCUUAUCUUUUUUGGCGCUUAUCGCCUUUAAUCGUCUCUUUCGGUUGUUUUGUGCCCAAUUCCGUUUGUAGGCGUGUAUUGACAGCCUUGAAUUACUUUUUUUUUCUUUCCAAACAAAGGAAAUUCCAAUGUUUAAUUGCUUAGCGUCAUGAAAUUUGAAUUUAAAAAAUGAAGAUUAAUUUUUUUUUAGUGGCACUCCGGCAAUAAUACGAUAUUAAUAUCACUAUGGAAAAGUGUAAGAGAAACCGUGAAAUUGAAAAAAAGAUAUCGGGCAAACAAAUCCUCGACGCGAUGCUUCAUCCGAUUUCUUUUCAUUAUCAUCUCAAAGUGGAUCUCGAGAUUUGAAGCCACAAUUUGACGUCAUUUUUCGCAGGAAAUUUCCAAUUUCGUGAAAGUUUUGCGAGUUAAAACAGCACUUUCCAUUUGAAAUUUUGAUUUUUCUUUAAUUUCUACACAGUGAAUGUGAAGCGCCAAUUUCUUUUUUUGAAUUUGCCGAUUCAUUUUGUUGGACACGUUGUCAAGAAAGUUGCGUGUCCUCAGGUUGAAGCUUCUAAAAAACCCCUUUUCUUCGAUUUUUCGGUUUUUUUAGUUCUCGAUUUUUUAUAAGAAAAAUCGUCAACUUUUUUUCAAUUUUUUUUUCAAAUCAUUAAAACCAUGACUUCACUUGGGAAUAAAGAAAAAAAAGGAAAAAUGAAAAAAUGACUCUAGUACUCUCCCAUGCUUUCGCGCGCAAGUCGUUCUAAGUCGGUUGCUUUCUAGUUCCAGAUUCGGCGAAGGAAGUAUAAGCUUGUCUGUUGAAUAAUGGAAAAAUAUUAAAAUUAAAAAUCCAUUCUUGUUCGGUCAAUAUAUUCUGAUUUGACCUAAAGAGCUCCGAAAUGAAUAUUUUUUUAUCCAUGGAGCAAAGUUAUGUUGAAUCUUUUUUUAAUGCCAGAUUUUUUUCAAAUGCUUCAUGGAUUCUUUUUUUAGGUUUUUUUUAAAAGUAUAUUCCUUCUUCUAACAAUAUGCCCGUAUUUUUGUUUGAAGCUAGGAAAUUCGAAAACUAUACAACAUUUUCGCUGUUUCUUUCAGUUGGGAGCACGCGUGAUGACGGGUCUCUCCUGACUCACAAUCUAUCGAUCGGAAAAACUGUUCUUUCGACCUAAAAGACUGUAUAUUUUUCAACCGCAGCCCACCUCAUUCCUGAUAAAGAAAGUGUGAAGCGAAUAUCAAUGUAUCUAUUUAUCAAAUUCAUUUGAUUCCUUCUUUUCCGCAAAAAAGGCUUGAAAGUUCAAGUUCAAAUUCUCCGUUUGUUUCUUUUUUCUCCUCCGCGGAUGCGUCAACUCAAACAACAUCUUGCAAUCAAUGUCAACAUGCUUUUUUACCAUAUUUUUUCUCUGCCCAAAACUUUUCCGAGCUCUUUGAAGGAGCUGUUAGGUUUAUUUAAUCGUUCUCUCUUGAAAGUGUCGCACUUGGAAUGGCUCAGAGCGUCGCGGUCGCUUCAAAAUUGAUACUGGAACUUUAAAAAAAUCUUUCGAAUAAUCACAACCUACAUGCUUUUUCAAUCUUGAAGCUAAAGGAAAAGUUGUGUAGUUUUUAUUUCUCAACUUUUUUUUGUACUGCUUCUUUAAUUAGCAUGUAAAAAGUUUAGGUAUGGAAUGAAUUCACUGGAAAAUUUUCAGGGGAUUUUUCGAGGGAUCUUUCGACUUUUUUUUUGAGUUCUUCUUUUUGCUUUCCUCCAUUUAAUAAUAGGUUAAAAAUAAAAAAACGUAAUUUUCGAAUUUUCGUUGAAAUUUUGGGAGUUUCUGGAGGUAGUAGAAGCUUUAUUCAGUGUUUUCUGAGCCCAAAAAGCAGGUUUUUUUUUCUCGAGAACCAACGCAACGAUCCAAUUUCUCCUUGCAGUUAUGAAUUUUGAAACGGCUCUCAAAAAUCGCCAAAGAACAUGCAUUUUUAUGAUCCGAAUUGUCGCUUCCGUUUCAUUUUUUUUCGGAAGUUCUUAUUUGAAACGAAAAUUUCGCAGCCAUAACACUGUAAAAAAAUUGCAGUUUUUUUGAUUUUUUUAACUUCCGUUUUUUUUCUGAAGAAGUUUGUAAUUCAACUUGAAAAGAAGAUUUUGCAGCCACGAAACGUAGAAAAAGAGAAACGUAUGGAUCUGGCGCUCAAGUUGUUCGGCAGCGAUAAGAAAAAGAAGGAUAAGGUGAGGAAAAUGAUGAUUUUCCGUCAUUUUCGAUUUCUCAUAGUUUUAAAUUUUCAGGAAAGUGGAGAAAAACGGGAAGGGAAACGAAACAACGUCAGGCCGGAGGAAUUGAAACGACCGUCCAGUGCCGCCAGCUCACACUCCAACGGCGAUGAGGUUCUUUCUUUCACCAUUCAAAUUUUUUUCGCAAAAUAAAUGAUAGGUAUUUUCCAUAGAUAAAUCUAGGGCCAAUGAGGUCCUUUUACUCAUGACGCUUGCUUUUCCAAGUAAACACUAAAGUGGCUCUGACGCCAUUUUAGUAGUCACUAAAUGGUUCAAAUUGUCCGAAAAAGUUCCAUCACAGAAUCUGAGAGCAUUUUCCGAUCGAAUUUAACUCUUCAAUCUGAAACUUCAAUAAUAUAAUUUUGCGCUAACUAGAAAUGUUUUAGCCGCACGUGGAAUGACUUUGAGCUUAACAACUGCGAAGAAGUCGCAUUUUUUUUUGCAACCGACCCAAAACGACUUAUGCAUCUCUACGUAGAUGAUAUUUUAAUCUGCUACGCGACCGCUACUUUUUGAGCCAUUCCAAAUGCGGUUUUGUCCAGCAACAUCAAUUGCUCUAUAAUUUAAUAAUUGAGUGUCUCUUUUUCAGCUUCUCUGAGCUCAAUAAUAUUCUCUUUUUCCGUUUCGAAUUUUCAAGUUUGGAUUUGAUCCCCUAUUGGGAUAUCUUUUAGUGGUUACUCUUCUAGUAGCCCUUGAGGAGCCUCUUUAGUGGCCAUUAACAAUUCUCCCUCUAAUAAACAAGUACAUUUCCCCUAGGAUAUUAUCCGUAGCAACCCACAGAAAAAACAAAAAUGAAAGGGAGUUUGCCAACCUGUCAUCAUCACAGACUCGCUUCCGUCGAAAAGCAAAGUCUGCCUAGAUUUUUAGCCGAUUGUAUUCCGAUCUCUUUCUCACCUCGGCUGAAUCGUAAAGUAUGAAGCUUCCAAUUGAAAAUCAUUUCUUUGGCAAAUUGAAUUUAGCUGAAAAAAGUUUAAUCACUGACAGUUUUCUAUAUUUGUUCCACAGUAAGACCUUCAAAAAAAAAGCUUUUAAGAGUCUAUUUGGACAUUUCUUCACAAUAAAGCCCCAAGUUGUGUUUUUCGCCACGUCACUCCGAAAUGUUAGUAUCGGAGGCGAGAAAAAAAUAUUUUGUCUGAUUCACCUAUAUUUGGGCGUCGUAGUCCAUAUCGUGAAGGUGCGUCCGUUCUCAGCAAUAGAAAUGUCAACUCGAAGACUAUUUUUCAAGUAUACUAUUUGGAUUUCUAUCCGGCUCUCAUUCUCAGUUCGGAAACUUGAUGAAUGAUCCGGGAGUUUCUCGGGUUUUCCUUCUCUCGAGAGCCAUUUUGUUUGAGUUUCCUUUUUGUUUCUGUUUGCGGAUGUCCGGCGACGCGGAUAUUCUCCUCCUUCGGGCCGCCGCUCGAAAUAUCCUAAAUUUGACCGAGGACAACCCCGUAUUUGGGGCUGUCCUCUCAUCCAGGGCCUUUUCCAAACCGGUGACCCCACUUCUGGUCGUUUCUCUUGGGAAAUUGGACUUUUCGAAUCUCAUUAUGAAUUUUUUUUUAGUUGAUCCUUCUCACUAUGAGAAAUUUAGAAGAGAUUUCUUUAGUAGAAGUUGGAAAUUCCGGAAAAAAAAAUGAGGACCAUUCUGGGAGUUUUCAAUUUUUGAAUCUCAUCAUCAGGUACUUAAGGAGCUCAUUCCGACUAAAAGGGCUGUCCUUGUUCUUUUUUGGAAAGCCCUCGUUUAAAAGAGGGUUUUUUUUCAGGUUUUAGAAUUUUUUUUUUGACCUUUCUUGUGCUAAUUUGGUAUUUUUUUUUGAAAGUCUUUAAGUCAUCUUGAGUGUUAUUUCAGGUCAUUUAGGGUAUCUCCGCUCUCAAACACCUUGGGAAAGAUGUAUGAAAAUGCUUUGAUUAAUUAAACAUUUAGGCAGCCAUAAAAUGAUUUUUCUUGUCUUGUAGGAAGUGUUGUAGAAACGGUUUCGAAUUGAAUUGCCCAACGGCAUUUUCCGGGCGGAAGUCUUCCGGUCAGGCUCGUGCCGAGUGACACCUAAUCUCCAUUGUUUCCUCCUCGUUUCUUCGAUGGCCGCCGCUUGUUCGCCCCGCCGUUUCCUCAUUUCCCGUCUUGUCCACUCCCCCUACAACCUAAACACUCGCUCAAACCUGUGCUUCUUGGGAAAAAAAAAUUGUGAAGUUUUUCCCUCUUUUGAGCUUGGUUUUUUCUUUCCAUUUUUUGAAACUUCCCUUACAAAAACUUUUAGGAAGAGCUUUGUUCUGCGUUAGUUCAGGUCUUUUUAAAAAAUCCGGGAGGCUUCAAAAAAACCCGGGACGGUUCAAGAGCUUGACUUUGCGCACGGAAAAAAGCUCUUCGCCUCGAGACCUUUUUUUCAAUCUGACUCUGCUUCUUUAAACUUUCCAGUUGAGAACUUCCAACGCUGAGUUCCUAUGAGAAAAUUUUUGAGAAUAGCCUCGAAAAAAAAAUUUCAAUUUUUAAAAAGUUCAGGUUCGCAGGUCUAUUUAAAAUCCUCAUGAAUUCUCCGAAUUUUUUUAAAGGUUCAUACAAAUCAUGAAAAAUAGUAAAAUCACCUUUUUCUGUAUUAUUCUGGUUUUUUUAGAUUUAUAAGGCCUGUAUACCUUCUUGUUGAAUCAAAGCUGUAAUUUAGACCAAAAACAUGAAAAGUUGAACAAAUCACUUUUCAAAGUAAAAAAACUACUCCUCUCUCUAAAUUAAAAGUUUUUGUGAGAACUCGGAAUUUAAAUUACUACCAGUUGGUACUCUUGAUCUAAAUUUUCAAUUUUCAGUGUCAAAUUUUCCCCGAUUCUUCAAACCUAUUUUUCACGUUCUUCCUGGAUUUUCCCCUUUUUUGACUCAAUUUUUCGGUCGUCUCUGUGAAUCCCCCCACUUCUGAGGUGUUGUCAGGUCCGGAAUGAGGUGCAAGUUCUCCCGAGGACGGAUCCGCGUGGCUCCGACUCGUGGCGAGCCCAUCUUCCAGCUCGCCUUGUUUCUCCCCAAUAAGUCUGACUAUUCUGAAGAUGAUCACAACGACGAGAACAAGGAGAAUCGCAAGAUUUUCGUGAUUCCGCCGUCGGUUGUCCUCGUAUGUCAUCUGAAUAUUAAUUGAUUGAUUGAUUGAUUGAUUUACUGAUAAAUCUACAAAUUUUGAAGUUUGAAAAGAAGUAAAUGAGAAAUAAGAAGAUAUAAGGUUCAGAAUUGAAAAUUUAAAAGGUCUUUUCAUAAUUUAUUUGACUUUCCAGCCAUGCGACUUCUCCCAAUACGUCAAAGUCCUCGAAGAUUUCAUUUUCAACACGGAAAAGUUGGGAAUCGAUGGACUUUCCAAGCAGUACAGGUACCUUCAUUGAAUAAAGAUACAAAAACAGGAUUUUAUUCAGGAAACUCGACACACAAGUCGAUCCCACGUUGUCAUUCGAGGCUUUUAAGCAAAAUAUGAGCAAGAAUCGCUAUUCAGGUUCAGUUUUUUGAGUGUAUUGAUAGAUUUUGAAUGAAUGGGUUCCCGUUUUGUGAGGCUAUGGAAAAUUUCAGACGGAAUAAUGUCAUUCCAAAGAAGCUGGAAAAAAAUUUUUUUUUGCUCUGUACAAAAAUCGAAUAUGUCUAUAAAGAGUGAUAAAGAUUGAAAAACGCUUGAAAAAGUUUUCGCUUCCCUAAAAGUUUCAGAUUUUCGAAAAUCGUAAGAGAGCUGUUAAAUAUAACAUUUGUUUCUGACUUGCUCGACUAUUUUUUUCUAUUCUUGAGAUCUCCUUUAAAAAAUUUUUAUAAUAUCUGAGAAGAUUGGAAUUUUUCUGUCCACAGAGCGCGCAAAAAAACUAACACUAUCUGAGGCUAAUUUUUUUCUCAAUAAUUGUUUUUUUCAUCUUAUAGCAGUUAUUAGUACACUUGACACGGACUAUCGUGUUUCAAUUUCAUUUCUGGCCGCGGCGGGGAUCGAACUUGUGACCCUGUGGACCGUAGAAAAGCUUCGUCGCGUCGCAAUGAAAUGAAUCAUUAUCUCCCAAGCAACCUUCAGGCCCUUUUAAAAAGAAAACUGUAUUUCCAGACGUCCUGUGUCGCGAUUCAACACGAGUGAAGUUGCACAUGGACGCGACUCGCAGCGGCGACUACAUCCAUGCGAAUUACGUCCGCACUCCCUACCUCCAUAACGCGUUCAUUUGCACACAGGUUGGGUAGAAGCUGAUUGAAAAUCGAAGAUUAAUCUUUUCAGGGCCCUCUACAGUCGACAAUCAACGACUUCUGGAGGAUGGUCUUUCAAGAGCGUGCCAGCUCGAUUUUGAUGCUUUGCAGGUUUUUUUUUCCGACGAAGAUUUGAAAAAGUAGCGUUACUGUCAAGUUGGGCAGAGUGGUUUUUUCUUUUCUCAAGGUUUUUAUAGAUUUUUAAAGAAUCAGUAAACUUAUUUAAGAUGUUGUUUGUUGAGAAGUUUCCAGUUUCUCUAUCUAACAUCAAGGUAAUGGAAUUAGAAGAGUUAGAGCGAAAAAAAAAAGUUUGGUGCAGAGAAAGUUAUAAGGUUCUCCCAUUAUGCAUUACUUUGCCAGUCAAAAUGCGCCCACGGCCGUAUCUAGUUCCAAUUUUCGAAUUUUCUCUUUUGAUUCCAAAGCUAGGAUUAUAAUUUUUGGGGAUACAAAGUAUUUUUUGAUCAGUAUAUUCGAGAAACUUUGAAAAAAGUUUUGAGACAGAAACGUGCGCAAAUAGUUACUCAGCAAGUCCGGGAGGAGAAGUGAAUUCUCAAAAAUUUUUUUAAAAAUAAAGUUUAAGAAUAUUUUUUAACUUCAGGGAUGUACUAGUACCGAUUUUAAUUUUGAAAAAACUUGCGAGGAGGAGAUGGAAUUCAUCGAAAAAUAUCUGCCCAACUAUGGAAACAAGCACAAAUUGUUGAAACAUGACCGCUUCGCAAGCCGCGACGCGAUCGCAGGGCUGUCCUGCGCUCUGAAUAAAGCUACCCUUUUUUCAGACCCACGGAAGACGGCCGGCCAAAGUGCGUAAUGUACUGGCCGGAGCAGGAGUCGAGCGACGUCCACGGCUGCAUUCGCGUCACAAACUGCCGGGAAAUCGUCGACGACAAUAAUUGCUUUGAGAAAGUCGACCUCCUCGUCGAGCUCUCCGAACUCUGUGGUUAGUCUCCCGUUCCCGCCUCUGACAAAGGAAGAAGGACUCUAAAAGCCAACCUGGAUUUUAUUUUAAACUUCUCCAAACUAAACCCAGAAUGUUUCUACUGGUUCCAGAUAUUCCGGAAGCUGAAAUGCCUGAGGACCGCCGGCCGCUCAAUGUAACGCUCAUCAAGUGGACAAAGUGAUUUUUCUUUAGGCUUUUUGAAAAUUUAUGGGAACUCAAAAGAGGAAUAUAGAAGGACCGGCUCUGAGAACUUGCUGGGAGUUUGGAAGAUGUGCUUCAAAAAACCCUGAAUCCAGAAAAAGAACGAUUUUAUCGCUUUUCAGAGUUACAGAGCCUCAAAGCUUAGCUUGAAACUUCAAUUUCGAACUUUGAAAUAAUAUAACUUUACUGGACGAUAGAACAGGAAAACAUUUUCGAAAUUCAGAUUCUCCAAAGUCUCAGCCAAGGCUUGCCAUUUUAAAAUUCCCUGGUCAGACGGAUUGAAAAAAUACGAAAGUUUUGAAGCCGCAAUAAGUUUCCUGUUUUACGCUCCAUCAAUUUUUCAUUCUUUUAAAACGAAGAUAAUCUUGUCACAGAUGUCUUCCUAACUUUUCCACACCCCGUUUUGUAGUUGGCCGGAUCGUGGCGUGCCCGACGAGAAAUGUCACACAGUUCCGCAGAAAGUUCUGUCGAUGGUCCGACACGGUCCCUGCGUCAUCCAUUGCUCGGCGGGCAUCGGUCGGACCGGGUGUAUGGUCGCUCUGGAGUUCGCCCACCGUCUUCUCAGUCUCGGACGGCAUGUCGACUUCGAGAAGGUUUCAUAAUCGUUUAUUUUUGAAAAGAUACAGAAGAACCUUUAAGUUCCCUCGAUGUUGUUCCUCUAGGUACCACUAUCCCUUUCCUAAAGUUGAUAAGCGUCUAACCGAAAAGCCUCAGAUCGCAGUGGAGCUCCGGAAACAACGAGCGCAGUGUAUCCAGACGGAGAUCCAGUACCUCUACAUCCACCGGGUGAUGGUCGCCUUUGCCGCCGGCGAGAACGGCAUUUCUCAGAAGGCUCGCGACGCCGCCAACGCCUUCCUCAACUUCUACGACGAUCACAUGAAACGAUGA